AAUCUUCCCGAUUUGGGAUAUUGGAUUUACCCCCUCCUCAAAAUAAUGUUAAAUAGCGAAAGCAAUCGGACCCAUAUCACUUCAGACAUUGAACAUGGCGGUUGAAAUCGGACCAGCAAGUGGACCACAGGCCUCUUUGGAGGUGAUAGAGCACACUAAUGGUCACUCCAACGACCAGCCAAGGGAAGCACAUGAAGAAUACCAAUACCUGGAUUUGAUCCGCGAAAUCCUAGAGCGAGGGGAGCAUCGUCCGGACAGAACCGGAACCGGUACCUACUCCAUCUUCGCCCCUCCGCAACUUCGAUUCUCCCUCUCCAAACCAUCCGCCGACCCCUCUUCCCCCACCCUCCUCCUCCCCCUCCUCACCACCAAACGCGUCUUCCUCCGCGCCGUUAUCGCCGAGCUCCUCUGGUUUGUUUCCGGCGCCACCUCCAGCAAGCCCCUCUCCGACCAAGGCGUGAAGAUCUGGGACGGCAACGGCUCCCGCGCCUUCCUCGACUCCGUGGGGCUGUCACACCGUGAAGAGGGGGAUCUAGGCCCCGUCUACGGCUUCCAAUGGCGGCACUUCGGGGCGGAGUAUAAAGAUGCUAGGACGGACUAUACCGGCCAGGGCGUCGACCAGCUUGCGGAGGUCAUCCAUAAGCUGAAGAACACGCCGUAUGAUCGGCGGAUUAUCUUGAGCGCGUGGAAUCCGGCCGACCUGAAAAAGAUGGCGCUCCCGCCGUGUCAUAUGUUUGCGCAGUUCUAUGUCUCAUAUCCACGGCCUAACGGCUUUUCACCCCAUGUGCCGCUGACAGACGCCGAGAAGCCCCGUGGGAUGCUCCAUUGUCAGUUGUAUCAGAGGAGCUGCGAUAUGGGGCUGGGCGUGCCAUUUAACAUCGCUAGCUAUGCGCUGUUAACGCACAUGCUGGCACAUGUCUGCGACCUGACUCCGGGGACAUUUACGCAUACGAUGGGUGAUUCUCAUGUGUAUGUGGACCAUGUAGAUGCCCUGAAAGAGCAGUUAACGAGAGUACCUCGGGACUUCCCUGGGCUGGAAAUCAGCCGGGAUAGAGAUGCCGGUAUAGAUGGUUGGAAGUUGGAAGAUUUCGUGGUCAAAGACUAUAACCCCCACAAGACGAUUGCUAUGAAGAUGUCUGUAUGAAAGGGUUUCAACCCAUGCCUUUUAUGAUAGGGAGAUAGCAAUGUAUAAGAGGGCGUGGAAUCCACCACUCCGAGGCUCCUAAGUCU